CGCUGGAACCAAUUAUUUGAUCAGGCCCUGCUUGGAGGCGUUUGUCAAGAUGUCGGGGAUUUUGAAUACAACGUUGAGGGGGCUUGACAGUGAUUCGUAUUGCGAUAUCGGCUGCUACUGGGAGCAGCGCUUUGUGGGUGACCGUGACCUGCAGAAGAAGGCUCUGAAGAACUCUACCACACUUUAUGUGGGAAAUCUGUCCUUCUAUACCACAGAGGAGCAAAUCCAUGAGCUCUUUUCCAAAUGUGGGGAUGUCAAGCGCAUCGUCAUGGGGCUUGACAGGGUAAAGAAAACUCCUUGUGGCUUCUGCUUUGUAGAAUACUACACAAGAGCAGAAGCCGAGCAUUCUAUGCGGUUCAUCAACAGAACCCGGCUGGAUGACCGCAUGAUCCGAACAGACUGGGAUACUGGGUUCAGGGAAGGACGGCAGUAUGGCCGUGGGAGGACAGGUGGCCAGAUUCGAGAUGAAUACCGGACAGACUACGAUGUUGGGAGAGGUGGCUUUGGCAAGAUUGUUCAGAUGCAGAAGUCGAAUCAACAAACAGUGAUCUACUAGCAGCUUUGUGGAUUGAGGGCCAGAGCAGGAGAAAAGGAAGACCAGAUUCUUCCAGGACUGUUGGGUGUGUGUCUUUCACUAUGGCAGAACUGUCCCUGGAUUCAGAGGGAAACAAGGUGAUGGUUUGAGAACAUUCUUGGCAACCUGCAGUUCUAGCUGCCCUUGAGGGCUUCGUGCUCUGGCUAACACAGGGGACUUCUUCCAGGAUUAUAUGUGCUUGUUUGGCAAUCCCUGAGGCACAGAGCCAAGGAAUCCAAUAGCUGUCAGAAUCUCCGGCCCAGAUGGAUUAGGACAGGACACACAAUGGUCUGUGGGUUUUGAAUGGCUCUUUGCUCUCCUUGCUUUUCCUGUGUAGGAACUUGAGUGCCCUAGUUUGUCUCUGUUUUGAAUCCUUUAUUUUAUUCUUGUUAAAAGAUUCCUAAAUACACUUCACAUCCUGUAACUUCUG